GUCAUGUUACCCCUUCGCGUACAUGGUAUCUAUAUUACGAUACCGAGAAUUUUCAACGUGAACUUGAAGAAGUUGUCUGGGAAAUAAUGCCAUUAUAUCAAGAGCUGCAUGCCUAUUUGCGUCAUUGGGCACGCCAUCAAUACGGCAAACAUUUGACCGAUGCUACAGAUGGUGCCAUACCGGCACCAGUAAUGGAACAGAUUAUCACACAAGAUUGGUAUGCUAAUCCAAUAUUUCGUAUACCAUUCCCCAAACAUCCAUUGCCAACGGUUAAGCAACGUUUAGAGGAGGUAAUGGACACACCAGUGCAGAUGAUAAAGAAAUCCUCGGAAUUCUAUGAAUCGAUGCAUUUGAAUAAAUUGAACAAAACAUUUAUGGACAAAUUUGUACGGCGCAUCAAUGAAGAUGACCCGAAUAAAGUUUGCAGCGUUGAGGUGUCAUAUUUUCCACCAGAUGUUGCCCUGAGAUUUUGUAAUAAGGUUGAUUAUCGCGCCUUUUUGCAAAUGCAUGGCCAUGUUGCGGAACUCCAAUACAACAUGUAUAAAUCCAAUUUGCCUGUGGGCUUGGACAAGGAACCUUGCCCUGGUUUUGGUAGUGCAUUGGGUGAAGCUUUUAUUAUUGCUGCUGGUACGCCGCGUCAUUUAAGCCGCUUGGCUAUUGUGGUCAAUGAUAGUCUGCCACCGGAACAAUCUCUUAAUCGUUUAUUCCGCAUGGGUGUCCACACCAUUAUGGCCAUACCACAAUAUUUUAUAAAUGAUAAAUACUUUGUGGAUGUUAUGGAUGGCAGGAUUAGUCCCAGGGAAUAUAAUUGUGCCUAUUGGAAACUACAACAUAAAUAUGCUGGUGUAGUGCCGCCCAGUAGACGCAAUGAAAUGAGUUUUGAUCCAGAUUUUAGAUUCUACAAAGGUCUGAGUCCCGAUAAAUCGAAUACCAUCAAAUUUAUUUCCGAAGUCUUGGGUCUACAAUUUUAUCGUUCCUUUUGUAUGCUCAGUGCUGAAUAUAAACCGGGCAAUCCGGAGCAUCCGCUAUACAAUUGUGAUUUUUAUAAUAGCACAGCAGUGGGGGAUGUUGUCAAGAAAAUGAUGAAAAUGGGUGCCACCAAACAUUGGCGUGAUGUCAUGGCAAUAGCAACAAAAGAGCGUCGUCUAAGUGCCCAGGGUGUCAUGGAAUAUUUUGCACCACUGUACAUUUGGCUUAAGGAGCAGAAUAAGAAAUUGGGCCUAAUUCCCGGAUGGGAUGAUGAUAUACAAUGCGGAAAUUAUUUCUAAACGUUGAACAU